CCCCCUAAAUCAGUCCGCCGCGGAAAUACACAAAUUAAUAGGAUCACAACUCCAGAGAGAGUUUCUCGCUCCACUCUCAUCAAUCCACAUAGCAAAAUCGGAUCGCGCUUCCCAUUUUAUUAUGACCACCUUUACUAAUAUUUCAUUUCGUGAAACACAACAAUGGCACAUAUAUUGCUUCAUGGAACCCUACAUGCCACCAUCUGUGAAGUCGAUAAGCUGCACGGCGGCGCCGAUGGAAAUUUCUUUGGCAAGCUUAUGGAGAACAUCGGAGAGACUGUUGGUAUAGGGAAAGGGACUCCCAAAAUAUACGCAACCGUCGAUCUCGAGAAGUCCCGAGUUGGACGGACGAGAUUGAUCGAAAACGAGCCCAACAGCCCUAGGUGGUACGAGUCUUUCCACAUCUACUGCGCUCACAUGGCCUCGAGCGUGAUCUUCACCGUCAAAGACGCAAACCCCAUCGGCGCAACCCUGAUCGGGCGAGCGUACGUGCCCGUCCACGACCUUCUAGAUGGCGAAGAAAUCGACCGGUGGGUCGAAAUCUUGGACGAAAACAAGAAUCCCGUUCCGGAAGGUUCCAAAAUCCGCGUCAAGCUCCAGUUCUUCGACGUCACUCGAGAUCGAAACUGGGCCCACGGAAUCAAAAGUCCGAAGAAUCCCGGCGUUCCGUACACCUUCUUUGCUCAGAGACGGGGUUGCCGUGUUUCUCUUUUCCAAGACGCGCACGUCCCGGAUAAAUUUAUACCCAAAAUACCCCUCUCCGGAGGGAAGUAUUACGAGCCACACCGAUGUUGGGAAGAUGUUUUCGACGCGAUCAUGAACGCGAAGCAUUUGAUCUACAUCACGGGGUGGUCCGUGUACACCGAGAUCGCGUUGAUAAGGGACUCGAGGAGGCAGAAGGCAGGUGGCGACGUCACAUUGGGCGAGAUUCUCAAGAAGAAAGCCGACGAGGGCGUUAGGGUUUUGAUGCUCGUUUGGGAUGAUAGAACCUCCGUGGGGUUGCUCAAGAAAGACGGUUUGAUGGCCACACACGACGAAGAAACUGAGCAAUUUUUCCAAGGCACGAACGUGAAUUGCGUUUUGUGCCCUCGUAAUCCGGAUGAUGGUGGAAGCUUCGUGCAAAAUUUACAAAUCUCGACUAUGUUCACUCAUCAUCAAAAGAUCAUAAUCGUCGAUUCCGAAAUGCCUCAAGAGGGUUUCGGAAGGAGGAGGAGGAUCGUGAGCUUCGUGGGGGGCCUCGACCUCUGCGACGGGAGGUAUGACACCCCGUUCCACUCGCUAUUCCGGACCCUCGACACGGCCCACCACGACGACUUCCACCAGCCGAACUAUGUGGGGACCGCGAUCACCAAAGGUGGACCCCGCGAGCCGUGGCACGACAUCCACUCGAAAUUGGAGGGGCCCAUCGCGUGGGACGUCCUAUUCAACUUCGAGCAGAGGUGGCGGAAGCAGGGCGGCAAGGACCUACUCCUCAAGAUCGCCGAGCUCGAUGAUGUCAUCAUCCCACCGUCUCCCGUCAUAUACCCCGACGACAACGACACAUGGAACGUUCAAUUGUUCCGGUCGAUUGAUGGUGGUGCCGCUUUCGGAUUCCCGGAGACACCUGAGGAGGCAGCCGGGGCGGGGCUCGUGAGCGGGAAAGACAAUAUAAUCGACCGAGGGAUACAAGAUGCGUACAUACACGCGAUUCGUCGGGCGAAGAAUUUCAUAUACAUAGAAAAUCAAUAUUUCUUGGGUUCUUGCUUUGGAUGGGAUUGUGACGAUAUUAAGGUGGAGGAAAUUGGGGCACUUCAUCUUAUUCCGAAGGAGCUCUCGUUGAAGAUCGUUAGCAAGAUUGAGGCGGGGGAGAGAUUUACUGUUUACGUGGUGGUGCCGAUGUGGCCGGAGGGGAUUCCCGAGAGCGCGUCCGUUCAGGCGAUCUUGGAUUGGCAGAGGCGGACGAUGCAGAUGAUGUAUAAGGACAUUGUGUUGGCUCUUCGAGCUAAGGGAAUGGAAGACGAGGACCCGAGGAAUUACUUGACGUUUUUUUGCCUUGGAAAUCGAGAGGUGAAGAAGAGUGGGGAGUAUGAGCCCGCAGAGAAACCGGAGCCCGAUUCGGAUUACUUGAAAGCUCAGGAAGCUCGACGGUUUAUGAUCUACGUCCACUCCAAGAUGAUGAUUGUUGACGACGAAUACAUAAUAGUUGGAUCAGCUAACAUCAACCAACGAUCAAUGGACGGUUCAAGAGACUCGGAGAUAGCAAUGGGAGGCUACCAACCCUACCACCUGGCGGGGCCGAGGGGCCCCGCGAGGGGUGGGGUCCACGGGUUCAGGAUGGCCUUGUGGUACGAGCACAUGGGCAUGCUGGACGACUCGUUCCUCCAUCCUCAGAGCGAGAAGUGCGCGAGAAAAGUGAACGACAUAGGCGACAAGUAUUGGGAUCUCUACUCGGGGGAUGAGCUGGAGCGGGACUUACCGGGGCAUUUGCUCCGCUACCCGAUCGGAAUCUCCGGAGCGAGCGGCGAGGUGUCGGAGCUGCCCGGCCAUGAGUUUUUCCCGGACACGAAGGCUCGUGUGCUCGGUGCUAAAUCGGAUUAUCUCCCUCCGAUUCUUACGACCUAAUUAAGGUGUACCGGAAUAGGCUUUAAGUUAAAUAAAAUACUAUGUGAGACUUAACUUAUAUGUUUGCUUCUUUUACAUGGAUCUUUUUGCUUUUUUUUUUCUUUUCUUUUUUUCCUUGGACGAAAUUUUGUUUCAAAAUUUGUUGACUGAUUGAAAUCUCUUUAUAUCAAGUUUGAUAUAAUCUUUUCAACCCCUAGCCAUAUUAUAGCCAAGUAAAAUGA